UGCGCUUCCAUCGUCGGUUUUUGUUCCAUUUUUCCUAACUAAUCGGGCGGGUUUCACAGUUGAUAUGUUAACCCAGCUAUCUUCAAUGGUCGACAAUGGUUUAAGUUUUCAUUCGAUCGAGGAUAUUGUGUGUAAUCAAUAUGAGCAAUAUUACUGGCGUCUUAGGUUACGGUACGAGCAAGACAGCUCAACAUUAAAACUUAGUGAAAACGUUAUCCAGAGGCAGAGUUUUCCGCCAUUUGAUCAAAAGGCGUUUCCAUUCCCACACGAAAAAAUAAUUAGAUCAGUGUUUGUAUCGUAUUCUUUGUUGUUCGAUCAGCUCUUUUACGACGACAUGGCUUGUCGUACAUCUAGAUGGCUUGCAUGCGAUCACACGUUUAAAAGUGCAGGCAACAUUGGCUUCACUAGAGAGAGCGACGGACGCUGGAUAAAGUUGAUGAAAUGUGUAUUUAUUGUUUUGGACAAUAACGGUAAAAUUAUUCAUUGGAGAUUUACUAAAGGAGAAUCAUUCAAUGAAGUAAGUGGCAUUUUUAGAGAACUUAAGGACAGGUUUGAACGAUUAAAUACUGAUUUAGAAGGUAUUGUCAUUGAUAAUUGCUGUAAAUGGAGAAGUCAAUUUCAGUCCCAAUUCUUUCCAAACAUUUUGGUAAAAUUAGAUCUUUUUCACGCUGUACAGCGAUUUGUAACCACUUUACCUAUGGCAAUAAGAUUAAAUACAGAUAUAUGCAAAGGGUACGGAUUAAUUUUUCGCCAAUCAAAUGAUCUUGGAAUCAAAAGAUUACAACCAACUCCCGAUAAAGAAACAUUAAUUGCAAAUCUUGAAAGUUUCCAAAGAUGGUGGAAAUCUAAGACGUGGAAGGGAGAAUAUAUUUUGAAUCAAGCGGCAAAAAAAGCUAUCUGCAAUAUAAAGUUGCAUAUUGUGAAAGGCUGCCUUAGUGGAAUCCCUGUUAAUGUAUCAACAUCGCGAAAUGAACGACUUCACAGAAAUAUGAACAAUGUUCUAAAGAUAAAUAAAAUUGGACUGGAGACCGCAUACGUAAGAUGCUCCAGGCUUUUUUUCAAAAUUAAUAACCAAGGAAAUAAUUCAAUUAAAAAACUUAUGGCUUGUUCAAAAGAUCCACCGGACUUUUCCAAACGAGUGGAAAAUUUCGGUUUUGAAACUUUUAGACAGAUUGGUGGUGAGUUAGAAGCUAUUAUACCAGAAAAAAAUGUUAUGAUUUACAAGUCGUUAGAUGAGUUGAGCGAAGAAGUAAUUUGUAAUAUCAGAAACGCUAUCUCAUCAUCACUGCAAACAAGUGAUGAUAUUCAAGAUGAACACACAUACGCCAAAAACAAAGGUAGAGAUAAUAAUAUGGCAAUGGCCAUUGCUGAUUCAGCUAUUAUUUUUUAUGAAUUAUAUAAAGGUUUGGAACACAUUGGAGGAACGCGUUUACUUUUGAAAACUAAUCUUGCACAUCUAAUUGGUCUUGAAUAUGGAAAUACCUUUAAUGCACUAAGAAACAUGCGCUCACAUUUUGCCACUGCGGCAACUACAGAUGGUACAAAGGCGGUACUCACAGGACAUCUUCAAUUUUUUGGACUUGAAGAGGUGGAGGUUCCAGGUGAUGGGAACUGCUUCUUUACCGCUGUUGCAUUUCACCUUUCAACUGUAUUGAACAAAGGAGCUUACAAAGUAAUCGCUGAUCAUCUUAGGGACAUUGGUUUGUUACCGACAAUGUCUGUGCAAGAAUUAUCGACAAGAUUGAGGAAUCUAAUCGUCCAAGAAUGGAGAGGUGAUUUCGCUUCUGAUUAUGCGAGUUUUUUGCCAGAUAAUGUGGACUACUUAUCUGAAGUCGAACAUUACGAAAGGCCUGGUUUUUUUGGAGGUAAUCUCGGUGAUCUUAUGCCAAUGGCAAUGGCAAAUGUAUUGGGAAUUCCACUCGGAAUAAUAACAUCGGAACCCAGCACUCCUAUAAUUAACGUAUGUCCACGUGGGUUUGUCAUGACCGCAACACCAAUUUUCUUGGCAUAUACGUCGUCAGGACCAGGUCACUAUAACGCAGUUUCGCCCAUAGUACCUUUGCAUCCUUCAGGCACUGUCGACACAACAGAGUCGCGUAAUGUAGUGGACUGUAAAGAAAAUUUUAAAUCAUCAACACCUGGACGUAAAGGUUGUAGGUGUGGACAAACGACACAAGCGCAGAAAAAUAGAAAAGCAAAGCCGUUAAAGAAAUAUAAAAGUUAUAAGCGAUGCAACUGCAUGAUUAAAUUUAAAUCUUGUUGCGACAGAUGCAAGUGCGUUGGUAAAUGUGGUGGAUGUACUUGCAAGACAAGAGUCGUCAAAGUUAGAAGGAAAACCAAAUCUUCGCCUCGUGUUAAGCACAUUUUACAGACGCAAAAAAAUAUAUUACCUAGUGGAUCUACACCUGAAGAAAAUACUACAAAUUUCUUGGAAGUCUGUGUUUUGUGUUCUAUUAUCAACUUUUUUCGAUCUGGUUAUUUCACAUUAUGGGAUGCUGAAACGGUUUACAGUUUAUACAUUGGUGUCAUAGAAGGCUUAUUUAACUUAAAUAUUGUUUUACCACUGAGAAAAUGGCAAAAAGAGUUCAUCUGGAAAAAGGUUUUAAAACUCAAAAAGGACUUUGAAAUUUGACGGUUUUGAGAUUUGCGCCGUAUAAAAGCACCCUUGUCAAAGAUGGUUUGUACAUUUGUCAAGACACUGUCGUUGUCAAGAAUGGUU